UUAAAAGGUAUUUGUAAAAAUAGGAAUUUUGCCAGAUCCUUGAAAAGCUGAUCAAUUUUCAUCGAAGGUGUUGAUUGGUACUUCAAUUUUAAUAUAAAAAUCUGUAAACCGAUCAGUCUAGCUGUAGUCUGGUUCCACUUGUUUGAAGUCAGAAGGCUGUGGCUUUGUAACCUGGGCUCCUAUGCAAACAUUCUUCUUGUCCUGUGAGUAAAUGAAACCCAGAAUGAAUCAAACCACACCUAAAGUUUCAGGAAGUUGUGCUCAGAGAGGAGAGGCUAUUCUCUCAAAUUCUUCCUUGGCUGAAGCAAAAACAAUUUCAACAGAAUAAAGGGAAUACCAGAUUUUCCUCGAGUCCUUGUUCCGUGUAGGAUUCCCUGUGAACCAAAAGAAAGGAGUCGGUGUGGUGUGGAGCUUAGUAGCUACUUUAAGUCACACCAGAGGCCAUUGGGUUUUUAUCAGCAGUCGGAGUCUUUGUUGUCUUGUUGGCAGUUCUCUUCCUCUUCAUCAACAAAAAACUGUGCUUUGAAAAAAUUGGUGGACUCCCAUGUCUUGAACUGAAGCAGAAAAAGAAGCGGGUACGAGAAAAAGCUGGAAUCCACAGGGGCCUUGCUCACAACAACCUAACUGUGGCAUGUUGACAAAUUAAAACAUCUGGACCACUUAAUGAUCAAGUGUUGUGCAUUCCAUUAUUCAUGGCUUCUGAAGAAAUUCCGAAGAAGGGUCCGUUCACACAGUCCUUCUCUGUUUGGAUGUCGCAGAUAUCUGAAUCAGUCCAACAAACUGGGAGCUCCAUUUCCAACACCUUUCUAAAUCUUCGACAAGGUGCAUCUAAUCAAGCACCAAACUCUGAGGUGUCAAACUCCUCAACAAAAGCAGAGCAAGAGGAUCAGAAGCAAGACCGAGCCCUGAAAACAGAUUCAGUUUUGGGUGAUGAUUCUCUGGGCAAAAAAUACACAGAAGGUGAUUUAGAGACAGCAACUGUUGAAAGAUUGGAACCUUUGGAAUAUCAAGCUGCUGAAGUGGGAUUCCAUCAUGAUGAAGGUGCAAUUCAUAGACUUCGGUUUGAUGCUCAUGAUUUACAAGAAGAAGACUUAGGACAAGACACCUCAGCUUCAUAUAAUGGGAUAGAUUCAGAACGUGCAACUGUCGUAAAAGCCAUUAUAUAUAGCAAUGAGGAUUUUUAUGAUGAUGAAUCUUUAAAUUAUCUGACUGCUAUUCCUGAAGAAACAGAAGACUUGAAUAAUCAGGUCGGACCUGACCCCAAUGUGAAGUGUGAAGCAGAUUAUGAGAAAACUGAUACGAAACUUCAGGCAGUGAACAGUUAUGGGGAUGAUGAGGAACUGACUACAUCCACAGACAGCGAUGAGGAAGUGAUCAAACAGUUUGAAUUCUCUGUGUCAAGGUCCCAGAGUUUCCGUUCUACAGUGUCAGAGAAGGCGGGUUUAGAGCGUAGGCAGAAAUUUAAUCGUUUACCUUCGAAUCAUGAAGAGUACAGCACAGAGGCCUCUGAAGUCGAAGAUAUAGAUAAACGACAUCAGUUUAGCAUCCAAGAUAAUUGUUUUUAUCACGAAGAUAAGUUGUCUGUGGGUUCAGGCACUGCAUCUGAGGGUGGAGCAGGUCAUCAGAAGACUUCAGAUGAAGCAGCUGGAACUCUGGGCAAGGAUCAUGGGAAACAGCGAACUGAAGAGGGAGGCCCCGAUCAAGAGACCAACUUCGAUAAUCAGGCCUAUGAAGGAAAUGACCAAACAGAUAGUUCAUCAGCAUGGAGUCCAGAGGAGGCAGACGGAAAGCCAACAGCUCCUCAGCAACAGGGCCCGCCGGAACCAAUUUCAAAAUGUGGAGACCUGUACCUCACAUUCAAUUACAAACCGUCCAACCACAAACUGGCAGUUACGAUAGUUACAGCUAAAAACAUCCCAGAUAAGGACCGCAGUGGGGCUAAUUUAUGGCAGGUACAUGCUGUCCUCCUUCCUGGCAAGAAGCAACGUUCAAAAACCAACGUUCAGCGAGGACCUACACCAGUCUUCAAUGAGACUUUUAGGUUUAACAAGUUGGAGCCGGAGGAGCUGCAUAAUUAUGCUGUCCGAUUCCGCCUGUAUGCAGUGAGGAAGAUGAACCGAGUGAGAAUGAUGGGGGAGAAGCUGUUUUAUCUCAGGAAUCUGAACCAAGAGGGAGAAAUGGAAGUGUCACUACUUCUGGAGCCAAGGAGUAACAUGACUAGUGGAGAUUCACAGAUCAGCCUGUCUGCCAUCUCUCACAGCGACAGUGCUUCAUCUACACAAUCGCUUUCACAUGGCGGAACUCCAGAACUACUAGUUGGAUUAUCUUACAAUGCCACAACAGGAAGACUUUCUGUUGAAGUAAUCAAAGGCAGUCACUUCCGAAACUUGGCUCUGAACAGACCGCCUGACACAUAUGCGAAACUCUCUCUCCUUAACUCAGUCGGACAGGAGAUGUCUCGGUGCAAGACAUCCAUUCGGCGUGGUCAGCCCAACCCGGUUUACAAGGAGACUUUCAUCUUUCAGGUUGCUCUUUUCCAGCUGUCUGAAGUCACAUUAAUGAUCUCAAUAUAUAACCGACGUAGUAUGAAGCGUAAGGAAAUGAUUGGAUGGAUUUCCAUGGGUCAAAACAGCAGCGGCGAUGAGGAACAAAAUCAUUGGUUGGAGAUGAAAGAAUCCAAGAGCUAUCAAGUCUGUAGAUGGCACACAUUACUGGAAUCUUAAACAUAAACAGUCCUUUAUUUAGCUGUAUUUCGUGGCCUUUUAUCCAGACAUUUAGAAUAUUUUGACCUGUGCAACUGGCUUCUUUCGUACUACAAUAUUCAAUUCUUUCUUAAAAUCUCAAAAUAGUCAAAUCAUUCAAGAAUUUGUUUUGUAAAACAAACAGCAGACAGCUUAUCUAGCAUGAGAAAUUCUUACAGGGAUUUAACAGCUAUUUACGUUAGCUAAGUGGAGGAGAAUUAUUGUGCCAUGCUGAUAUAAUAUUAACAACGACGACAAAUCAGUAUUUAGGAUGAGUGCGUAGUACAAAAGAAUCACUGUUGCUAUAGAUAUAAGUGCACAGCACAUUAACUCUAACUGGUCAAUAUUUAGUGCUGCACCAUGCAUGCAGAAAUGAUUUGGCUUUUUCAGCAUUUUCUUCCUACUAAAGAGCUUCCUUUGGUGAUAACUACAACCACAGAAUAAUACUGCUUAAAAACACCUCAUCAAUAAUAUUACAGUAUAGUGUCUAAAAUCUGGCUGUCCAAAAGGCGGAAUUUUAUGGUCCCGCUGAAGUUGAUGGGCUUUUGAAUGGCUUGCCACAUCUUACGGUGUAUUUAAGACCGAGAUAGAUAGGUUCUUGAUUGGUAAGGGGAUCAAAGUUUACGGGGAGAAGGUGGAAGAAUGUGGAUGAGAAACCUAUCGGCCAUGAUUGAAUGGCGGAGCAGACUCGAUAGGCCGAAUAGCCUAAUUUCUGCUCUUAUGGUCUUAUGGCCCCUCCCCGCCCGAAUUGUCUGAAAACCGAACAUUUUUAGAAUGCGCCAUGAUUCAAGUUUAACUGAGUAAAAAAAAAUUUUAAAAUUUACCAGGACAAUUCGGCUAGGUGUUCCAUUGGCAAGGUGUGGCACCUUACUAGUUAUUCCCAUCGUUGCCUGCACGCCUGUCUAUUCCAGUCCUCCGAGUGACCCUUGACCUCACCUCACCUGGCUUGACCCGAAUUAUCUGACCUGAAAUUCGGCAUGGCCUCAGUCUCGAGGUUGCAGGUUUUCAGACACUGCACCCGUACAUUAAAGAAAACGAACAGUACCGUUCAAAGAAUCAGUAAAUAAAAGGGCCCAAUAAAAAAGAUUCAUACCGCAAACCCCAAAGGGCAUUACUGAAAGGAGCCUUGAAGUGGGUUUGAAUUAUUACAAGGUCCCCGUGUAAGGAUGAGUACAUCAUUACCUGUCACCUAGAGCAACCUUCCACAAAUUGUAUGUUACUUGAGGUUGUCCCUGUCAGUAUAUAUUUGACUUUUUUAAGCCUUUGGUGAUUCAGCCCCCAGAACCAGAUGAACACUGUUGCACUUGGCAUCGUGGUUCAUUUGAAAGCAAAAUAUGACUCUGGGGAUGGAUUUCUAAAAUAAGAAUAGCCAAAUAAAUCCAUCGGAUGCUUCUCAUUUUCUGAGCAUGUGCAACUAGCAACUUAUAAAAUUGCCCAUCUACAUUGCACUUUCUUCCUCAGGUCAUCUGGAAAGGCCAAAUUGGUUUGUUUAAUGAAGAGACCAGCUAUGGAAGUGCUUAAAUCUAGUAGGGGAAACACAAUCCAUUUUGGAAUGUUUGGUGAUUUAGCUGCAUAUGCCUUUGCCCAAUACAAGACUAUUAAGUAUGCACUGAAAAUAAAAUGUCUUUGGGAAUGGCUUAACCUUGCACUAAUAGAUUUUUUUUCGAAACAGUUAUAUUUGGUAAAUUACUCUCACAAAAAGUACAGUUUCUCAUCAUUUGUAGAAUGCUGCACCACAGAAACAGAUCAUUUGAACCAUCAGUUGUGCAUCCAGUGUUCUUCUCCAUAGAAACCCUAGUCCAAACAUUCUCCUGCUUACUCCCAUAUUUUUUCUACCCCUUUUCUUCAAGCAAUUAUCUAAUUCCCUUUUUUAAAAUAAUUUAUGGAGGAAAGUUCAAGAUGCUCCACUGCAGUUACAGCAGUUGAUUGAUAGAAUCCCUGGUGGAAUUCACCCCAUAUUUUUUUCUUUUCUUCCAUUUUCUUUCUUCCCUCUUCAUUUUCCAAGUCCCUAGGAUGCAAAUGCAUUUUGUGAGGUAGAUUUCUGAUCUACCAAUUCUUCCUAUUAGUUGAUCCAAUGAUGCCCACAUACCAUCAAAAACAAAUUAUCCCUCUGCCAUGUUGUGGCUCAAUUGGUUGCACUCAUGCUACUAAGUGAAAAGGUUGUUGGUUUUAGGCCCACUCCAGGACACUUCAGUGAGGUACUGCCCUGUCAGAGGUGUUGACCUUUGAUGAGAUGCCAAAUCGAAAUCCCUGCCCUUUUAGGUAGAUAUAUAAGAUCCCAAGUCACUAUUACUGUGACGAGCACUGAAAUUAUCCCUAGUGUCCAAUAUUUAUCCCUCAAUCAACAUCAUAAAAACAAAUUAUUUGAGCAUUAUCACGUUGCUGUUUGUGGGAGUUUGCUGUGUGCAAAUUGGCUGCCAUAUUUCCUAUAUUACAACAGUGACUACACUUCAAAAUCACUUCAUUGACUGUAAAGCACUUUGGAAAGUUCAGUGAUUAUGAAAUGUGUUAUAUAAAUGCACACCAUUCUUUAUUACAGCCUUUGCUUCUAUCCAACUCCGUUAUUUUUCUAUCCAAUUUUCUCUUUUUUUCCCCUUGUUAGCUUUCUGCUCUUCCUGUCUUUCUAUUCUACUGUCCCUCUCUUUCCCUGUGUCAGUCAUGCAAUUUCUUUUGCAUCUUAAUUUUUUUUCCAUGACCUUUUUCUAAAAUAAAAGCUGCAUUAUUGGACCUGGGAUUGCAGUGCUGGCAAAUAAUACUUGCAUUUCUGCAAGCAGCUACAACAUGCAUGGAUGGGAAGAAACCUGGGCCUUGGAGAUUGCAAGGCUGGAACUUGGGCCUGAGUUGAGAGGCAGUGGGGACUGAGUAUAGUAUGGCAGUUGCCUAGUUUACUUCACCUGACCACUUCGACUCUGAGCCAUAUUACUUGCUUUGUUUAUUUUCUGUUACCUGGUGGGGCUAUUUCUUGGCUCUAGGAUGGAGGCUGCAGAACAGGAUGGGCUGGGAGCAUCAGGAUCAGUUAACAGAAACCAAUUUAGCUGCGUUUCCUGUGGGUCAUUUGUUUAUGAAAUUGGUCAACAAAAUCAACAUAUCAGAUAGAAACAUGGAUAUGUGUGUGUCAGUGUUGUGACAUUAUUCACAGAGGGAUGUGGUAGAAGUACAAAGUGAAUGGAUAUCAUUGAAGUGCUUUGAUUGGUGAACCAUUCAGUGUAAUUGCACAGUGAAUAUAAUUUUAUUUUUCUUCCUAA